GCACAACUGUUGUCAACGACGAGAACGGCAUGGAAAAAAGUGCAUCCGGCUGGGCUGGGCUGGGCUCGACACGGCAGUACUGUACGGCAUUGUGCUUGCUGUCGGCAGUGUUGCUCGUUCUUGUAGCGCCAUCCGCACCGCACCGCUUCGUGCCUCCCCACACCCACUGCCGCAGCAACCAUGAGCCACUCCUCGUCGUCGCCGACCCUGGACCUGUUGGCAUCGGCCUUUGGCCCCGGCACCACGCUGUACGGGGCCCUCGGCUCUUCAAGGGACGCCUCCGCCGCCGACCUGAAGAAGAGCUACCGUGCCCUGGCGCUCUUGUACCACCCCGACAAGCAGCAAACGCGGCGGCAAACGCAAAAUCAAUCGCAAACGAAGCGGCAGCAAGCGACGCAGGGGGAGCCCUGCGAGGGAGGGGUCUCGCUCGAGCAAGCCACCCUCCGGUUCCAGGCCGUCUCGGCGGCCUACGAGGUGCUGAUGGACCCGGAGCGGAGGGCGGAAUACGACGCCACCGGGACCGUAGCGGGAGAGACUUUCAGCAGCGACAGCGGCAACGGUGCCGGGGCCCCCCGCCACCACCGCUCUUCCCGCGACCGGCAGCAGCGGCGCUGGGACGGCUUCUUCCGGUCCGUCUUUUCCGAGCUGGCCACGGCCGGGGACAAGCACGGGGACGGGGAGUCCUACAGGGGCUCGGAAGAGGAAGCCAGGGACGUCCUGUCCUUUUACGUUCUCUGCAAGGGGGACCUGGCCCGGGUCCUCGAGUGCGUCGUCCACGGGGAGAAAGGGGACCUCCCCCGGUGGAAGGAGGAGAUCGUCGGACCGGCCGUCGCCAGGGGGGAGGUUCCCGACUACGGCGCCGCCGCCGGGGGCAGGAACCAAACGAAAAACAAAAGGGCAAACCGAACGGGUCCUGGCAGCGGCGGUGCCGCAUCCGGGCCUGCCAAACCUGCCCGGCGUCGCUUCUCCAAACCGAAACGGAAAACGAUCGCAUCGAGGUGCCUGGAAGACUCCUCGGACGAGGACGACGACGGCGGCGGCCGGAGAUUCCGAUCCCGCAAAACACCCACCGCCGUUUCUACCGGGCUCUGCGACACGGAGGACGAGGAGGAGGACGAAGACGGCACCGAAACGGCGGGCGCUGCCCCGCCAACGCGAACCCCGCCGCCCAUGAACAAGCGGGACAAGAUGGAGUACCGGGUGGCCAAGAAACGAAAGCUCAAGGCGCUCCGGGAAAUGGAGGUCUCGAGGGCCCUUCGGUCAAAGUCCUGGGGAGGCGGUGUCGCUGCUGCUGCCGCCGCUGCGGGACGCGGCAAGCGGCGAUCGGCCCCGGUGGUUGCCGAGGCCGUUCUGGCCCGGAUGGAGGGCCGGUACGCCCCUGGGGGAGCUUCGUCCGGGAAGCGGAGCCACUCCAAAUCCAAGAAACCCCUGCGCCGCAACAAGAAAUAGCAACGCGCCGGGACCCAAACCGUGAUCAUUGCGGUCUCUGCUUCGGUCCUCCACUCUUUCGUCGGGUUCGAUGCCCGGUCGAAUUUGGUCUGGUUUGGCUUCGCUUCGCUAUGGUAGACACGAUAGAACAAUAAUCAUACAGGGGUUCC